ACACACAACUAAUGCACAUCAGACAACAGCCUCUUCAAAACAACGCACGGACAACAAGAAAACAUUUUCACAUCAGGUUCAGAGGACACAGAAUAAAAGAAUGGGAUCCACUGGAGUGCACAUUGUGUGUGUGGCCCUCGGGGUCCUCGGCCUGGUCGGGGCCAUCGUGUGCUGCGCUGUCCCUCGUUGGAAGGUCUCCUCUUUCACAGGAGCCAACAUUGUGACGGCACAGAGCUCUCAGGAGGGCCUGUGGAUGACCUGUGUGGUGCAGAGCACGGGCCAGCAGCAGUGCAAGAACUACGACUCCAUGCUGGUGUUGCCCUCUGAGCAGCAAGCCGCUCGGGCCAUGAUCAUCAUCGCCUGCAUGAUCAGCUCCAUCAGCCUCCUCAUCCUGUUCUGUGGCGCAGACUUCACCACCUGCAUCGAGAACGAGGACGCCAAACCCAAGAUCAGCCUGGUGGCUGGGGUGGGCCUGCUGCUGGCCGGUCUCCUGGUGAUCAUCCCUGUCAGCUGGUCAGCACACACCACUGUGCAAAAUUUCAACAGUCCCAUGACGAAUGCCGGAAGGAAGGAGCUGGGAGCGUGCAUCUUUGUGGGUUGGGCGGCCGGCAUUCUGCUCCUCCUGGGUGGAGGUCUGCUGUGCUGCUUCAGCAGGCCCAAAUCAGGUGGUUCAGGGGGAACCGCCAAGUAUUACAGCAACAGUGCCUCUGCCCCUGCCAAAAACUAUGUAUAGGGCCUUUAAUGAAAGGGACUGGAGUCUGAGAGAAAGGAUGGGAGGGGGAUUUAGUUGGGGAAAGACUGGGGAGGAGCAAAGUAGACGACACCAGUGGGGAAAAUCAGAGUAAAUGUGUAAAUAUACUGAAUUCUUAUCAUAACUGGCUCCAGUUCAUUUCUUUCAUAUUCAAAUGUAUGCCUUCAGUUUUAAAGCUGUUUUAUUGUUAGGUGCUGGGUUAUGCUUAAACUUUGUAAAUGGAAGACAAAUACUGGACAGGCCAUAGAUUACAAAUGAAACACAAGGUGUUUGGGUUACUGCUUCAAAAUAUACAUUAUCAAAGUUAUCCAAUUCACCUUUUCUUAAUUCAUAAUUUUCUUGAAAUGAACCAAACAAGUGGAAAUCUCUCUAAAUCUAGAGAAGAUAAAAAUGUGUUUGUGAGAAGAUGAUCUGAUAAUCUCAGCUCUGAGCUCAAGAUUUAAAGAUAUAACAGUGAAUUGACUCCUUUAGAUGCACUACUGGCUCAUGUUUUACACAUAGUUUGGAUCAACCAUCGCCUCCGGUGUUUGUCUUCAUUCUUCUGUUCCUCCUUUAUCAUUAUUCAUAAAGCUGUAUAAAUAGUUUUUAACCAAAGGCACCGAAGGAGGCCUCAGGGAGCAUCUGUGUGCACUUCUCUGACGACACAAACAUUCUUGUGACAUUUCUCAGCAUAUUAUUUGACAUUUGUUUUUGCUCCUUUUGUUUUGUAAAAUUGUAAGUACACAUGAUUAAAAGUUUGCCUCAUUCAAA